UCUCACCAUGCUUCUUGCUCUUGCAAUGCUCCUCGCGGUGGCGGCGGGCUCGUGCCAACCGGCGGCGGCCUCCACGGCGCCGGCGAUGAGCCCUGCCGUGUCACCGGUUCCGGCGGCGGGCGGCGUCGGCGCCGGUGGCGCAGGCGGAGACGACGACGCAGGGCGGAGCCGGAAGGGCGAGGAGUUCGUCCGCGGCUGCUGCGCGCGCACACUCUACCCGCGCCUCUGCACCGCGGCGCUCUCGCCGUACGCCGCCACCGUCAACUCCAGCCACGCCCGCCUCGCCGUCGCCUCCGCUAACCUCACCGCCGGCGCCAUCAGCGGCCUGGGAGGCCGGAUCCUGUCGUCUACCGCCAGCACCGAGCCGGCGGCCUCCUCCGGCGCGCUCCGCGACUGCGCUGAGGCCGUCGCGUCGGCGGCCGACCUGGCGGCGCGCGCGGCAGAGCGGCUGGCCGUGGGCCCUGAGGUUCUCUGGCGCGUCCGCGACGCGCAGACGUGGCUCAGCGCCGCCAUGACCUACGAGGACACGUGCGACGACGCCCUCCGGCCGGCCAGGUCCGCCCCGUCGCCGGUGAGGGCCGAGCUGCGCGCCGGGGUGCGUCGCGCCAUGAAGCACACCAGCAUUGCACUCGCACUCGUCCACAUGCUUAUCACUACUGGUGCCUGAAAUAAACCCUCAAGUGUACGUAUUUAAAGCACUCAUUGACUCAUGUACGUAUUUAAGCACAGUGUCAACCUUCAUACGGUUAUCAACCGCCGACAUUAUUUGUGUUGUGACGUUAAUGGUGAAAAGUUUUCAAAGUGAAAAGGAUCAAUUUGAACAAACAUGUAGUAGUUGCAGAAGCGGAUCCAGCGUGGGGAUUUCAUGGCCCCUACGUGCUGGAUCCCCCUAGAGGAUAGGGAGAGGGAGAGGGAGAGGGAGAAGGAGAAGGAGAGUGAGGCAAUGGACAGAGAAAUAAGAAGGUAACUAGACCCUUUGCA